GUGACAUUGCUGGAGCACACGCCAGCAGGCAGCACCAUCCUCACCGUCAGUGCCAUAGACAGGGACUCUGGCAGCAAUGGGGAGCUCACCUACCACCUGGCUGUGCCCAGCUCCGACGUCUCCAUCAACCCCAGCAACGGAACGCUGUUCACCUCCCGCCGGGUGGAGCUGGAUGCAAACCAGCCCACGCUGGACCUGGUGGUAGAGGUGCGUGACCAUGGCUCUCCCAGCCUCUCGGCCUGGACCACAGUGCAGAUCCAGGUGCUGGAUGUGAAUGACCACAGCCCCACCUUCCAGCAGGCGCACUACAAUGCCUGUGUCCCUGAGGACCUGCGCCCGGGCACCACCUUGCUGACGCUAGAGGCGGGUGACGCUGACCUGUCCCGGGAGAACGCCGGUUUUGACUACACCAUUGUCAGUGGCAACAGCGGCAAUGCCUUCCAGGUGGAGAGCCACAUGGGCUGGUCUCGGGGGCACCUGCGCACGCAGGGAGCCCUGGUGCUGGUGGAGGCGCUGGACUUCGAAGCCGUCCCCAUCUACAACUUGACAGUGGCAGCCUCAGACCGGGGUGUGCCACAGCGCAGCACCACCGUGCCAGUGCUUGUCACCGUGCUGGAUGUCAACGACAACCCGCCAGUCUUUGCCCGGGCCGAGUACCACACAGCUGUGAGCGAGAGCACCCCCCCGGGCACCGAGCUGCUGCGGCUGGCGGCCCACGAUGCCGACUCGGGCCCCUAUGGCCAGGUGCACUACAGCAUCAGCUCCGGCGACCAGCGCAGGCUCUUUCAGCUGCAUGAGGCCACAGGCGCCCUGCGCUUGGCACAGUCCCUGGACCGAGAGACCCAGGCCCUGCACAGCCUGGUGGUGCAGGCCUCUGAUGGCCCCGGCGGGCACUUUGCCCUGGUGCCCAUCACCAUUGAAGUGAAGGACAUCAACGACAACAUACCCUACUUCCCGGUGGAGACACUGAGCGCCAGCGUGCGGGAGAACCUGCCGCCAGGCACCCUGGUCACCACUCUGCAUGCCAUCGACUCCGACACUGGGGCCUUCGGGGAGCUGCGCUACGCUGUGCUGGAGCAGGCAGUGGGGGAGCUGGGACCCCCUGAGGGCAGGGAUGUCUUCUUCAUCAACCGGACCUCCGGGGAACUGCGCUCCCGCCUCGCCUUUGACUACGAGCGUGCCAAGGCCUUCCAGCUGCUGGUGCAGGCCACGGACGCCGGCAACGCCUCAGCCACCGUCACCGUGCGGGUGCUGGUGACCGGCGAGGAUGAGUACAGUCCUGUCUUCCUGAGCCCGGACUUCAGCUUCGAGGUGCCUGAGGGCGCCCACAAGGGCCAGAGCAUUGGCCGAGUGCUGGCCACUGACGAGGACGAGGGUGUGGACGGUGUGGUGCUCUACUCUUUAGCUAAGCCCUCACCGUACUUCGGGGUCAACCAGACCACCGGCACCAUCUACCUGCGCGUGGACAGCCAGCCGCAGCCAGCAGGGCGGGCCAAGCGGGAGCCGCGGGAGAUGAGCCUGGAGGUGCAGGCCCGGAGCCCCCUUCCUUCCUCCCGCUCAGCCUCUGCUCAGGUCUCCAUCGAUGUCACCCACACCUCCUUCGGCCUGGCGCCGGACCUCAACUUGCUGCUGGUGGUAGCUGUGGCUGCCUCCCUGGGUGUGGUGGUGGUGCUGGCCGCCGUGGCCAUCAUCCUGGUGCUGGUCCGCUCCCGGCACCAGCAGGGACACAAGAAGCCAGAGCAGGACUCGCAGCUCAACCGCAUGCAGAGUGGCUCCUUGCAGAAGCUAGGCCAUGAGGAGCCGGUGCUGCCCGGCAGUGACCGCAUCUACCACCAGGCCCUGCCAGGCUAUGGCAGCGAAUCGGCCGGACCCUACCCGCGUGGCGGCUCCCUGGACCCCUCCCACUCCAGCGGGCGUGGCUCAGCCGAGGCAGCCGAGGACGACGAGAUCCGGAUGAUUAACGAAUACCCACGUGUGGCCAGCAUCACCUCCUCCAUGCAGGAGCACAUCUCAGCCCGUGGCCCCGACUCAGGCAUCCAGCAGGACGCUGACCAGCUCUCUGACAUCUCCUGUGAGCCCACCACCCUGGAGAGCGCCCAGUGGUUCAAGAGCAAGAAGGGCUCCAGCCUGCUGCUGCCUGGGCAGCCGCCCCAUCUGUACCGCGAGGAUGGGGGCAGUAGCACCUUCCUGGGCGUGGGCUGCGGCCUGAGCGUCUCCUCCCACCCCAAGGACUACACCUUCCCCGAGGACGGCAAGCCCUCUGUGGAGGGCUCCCUCACCGCCGUCGUGGCCAGCGAGGAGGAGCUCCGUGGCAGCUACAACUGGGAUUACCUGCUGAACUGGUGCCCCCAGUUCCAGCCCCUGGCCAGCGUCUUCACCGAGAUCGCCCGGCUCAAGGAUGAGAGCUCCCUGCGCAAGCCCUUCCAAGCCAAGCCCAAGGCAGAGCCCAAGCCCCGCAUUGAUCCUCCGCCCCUCAUCACCUCGGUGGCCCAUCCCGGGGCCAAGUCAGUGCCCCCCAAGCCAGCAGUGGGCAGGACCUUCCCGCACCUGUCCUCCCUGCGCCGCUCACCCAUCAGCCACGAGGGGUCCAUCUCCUCCUCGGCCAUGUCGCCCAGCUUCUCGCCCUCGCUGUCCCCACUGGCCGCCCGCUCCCCCGUGGUGUCGCCUUUUGGUGUCUCCCAGGGGCCCUCGGCCUCCGUCAUCAGCGCCGAGCACUCGCUGGAGCUCCCUGAGGAAGCUGAGCUCAGGAUUUAGCCCCAGGCUCCCAUGGACUCUCAGCCCCUCCUGCUAUUCUCUGCAUCCUCCAGUCACUGCAGGGGCGGGGGCGGAAGGGCUGGAUCUGCCACCCCCACAGGCUGCUUCAUUCUCAGACCCCAGCAGGUUGCUGGUUCUGGUUCCAGUCCCUCCACAUGGGCUGCCAGUUCCACUGUGAAUGUCAGCGCCCUGAUAGGCUACUUGUGGUGGUGCCGGUCCCACUGCCUCAAAUGGCUGCCGGUGCCAGACCUGCUCUCUCAUGGUACUGUUUGCCCUGAGUGGUGGGGGGCCAAAGUAGUGUCCUCGCCACCCCCACUCCAGACCUCACUCCUCCAGUCCUGUGGGCCGAGCUGCCCAGCUGG